AUGGGUGACGACUCGAAGACCGUCGAAGUCUCGCCAACGGGUGACAUCAUUCUCGUCGUCGGCUCUCCUGACGAGAAACAACUACGCCUCAGGGUUUUGUCCAUAAUUCUUCGAUCGGCCUCCAAAGUCUUCGACCGCAUGUUCUCGCCCGGCUGGAUCGAAAGCAGCCGCACAUUUUCGCCCGAAUCUCCGAUAAACAUUGAUCUCCCCGAGGAUGACCCCGACUCAAUGAAAACCAUUUGCUACGCGCUCCACCACCGUAACGACAUGAUCCCCUUUGCUGAUAUGGAUGGAAAACAUAUCCUCCAGGCUGUUCGUGUUAUUGACAAGUACGACAUGGGAACCGCAAUGCAAUUGGUUACCGAAAGGUGGUUUCGACAGGUGACAUUUCACCGAAGCUCAACCGACCUGAUGUAUCUCGUUGCAGCUGCGGAGUUGUUGAAGAGAAACGAAUUCUUCCCGAAGCUUACUUGGCUGGUCAUGAUCAGCCACACCGGCAGUUAUCUUAGUUUCUACGGGGACAACCUGCUUAUGGAAACGCUACCUCCGGCGCUGUUGAGUAUGUAUAGUUCUGAGAACAUCCCUCAAAGACACUCUGGGAAGAGUAUUGGAUUCCUCUACUAA